CCUCUUCUCGCGCUUCGCUCAUCAUCACUGCUACACUGGUCUGGAUGAUUGCAGUGGCAGCAACAUGGCUGUGAAUCUCAGCAAGAACAGACUGGCCCUCAUAACAGCCUACCAGGACGUUAUUAACGAGACGUCGGCUACCGACUGGGCCUUAUACACAUAUGAAGAUGACAGUAAUGACUUGAUCCUGUCUGCUUCAGGAGAUGGGGGUCUGACAGAGAUUGCAGUAACCUUCGAUAACACUCGGAUUAUGUACGGUUUCUGCAGCCUGAAGGAGCCAACUGCAGCACUGCCACGCUACAUCCUCAUCAACUGGGUUGGUGAAGAUGUGGCUGAUGCCAGGAAGUGUGCCUGUGCCAGUCAUGUAGCCACCAUAGCAGAGUUUUUCCAGGUGGGUCUCACCAAGGGUGUUGACGUCAUCGUGAAUGCUAGCACCAUUGAUGACAUCGACCCCUCAGCCAUCGGACAGAGGCUGACCAAUGGCACAGCUCCAGUGGCCAGUCCAGUGCUAAGCCGCCUGCGAAUGAAAGACGAGGAGAACACAGAGCAUGUUGGCACCACCUACCAGAAAACAAAUGCAGAGAUCGAGAUGAAGAAAAUCAAUCGAGAGGAGUUCUGGGAACAAGCCAAGCGGGAAGAGGAGUUGAGAAAGGAGGAAGAGAGAAGGAAGGCUGCGGAGGAACGGCAGCGCUUUGAAACGGAGAGGAUGGAACUAGAAAGAAAAGAGCAAGAGGAAAGAGAGAAGCGCUUCCGUGAGAGGGAGCAGCAGAUCGAGGAACAGAGGAAGAAGAUGCAGGAGGAGGAAGAGGCCAAAGAGAGGUCAAGGAAUCAGCCCUUGAUUGUAAGAACAGAGCCCAGUUAUGAAGACCCUGCCCUGGAGAAAAAAGAAACAGAGGUUGAGGAAGCAGCAGCCAUCAUUGCCCAAAGGCCCAGUAACCCACGUGAAUUCUUCAAGCAGAGAGAGAGGGCAAUAGCCAACAGCGUGGACAUCUCACCAGUCACCACGCACAGGACCGGCCGCUUGGACAGUCCAUUCUUGAGGCAGCAGCACAGUCCAUCCAAUUGCAGCCCGCCCACUUCUCGCACUCUGCCCCAUUCACGGCGGCAGCCAAGUCCACCUGAUGACUCUGCUGAAGGAAUCCUUGAGCGCAGCAUGACAACUGGAUGUACUCCCAUCCCCAAAAUAGCGAUUCAGGAGGACAAAGAGGACUUAAUUCGAAAGGAAUUAGCCUUUGACACUCCCAAGCCGACUUCAGUGCAGGAAUCUGGCUUCGCCAAGACCUCUUCAAGUGUUUCCCCCCAGCCCAGCAGCACAGCUCCAUUAUCCAGCAAAGAUGACAGCCUUCUAGACUUGUGGGACAGAGGCCCAGCACCAGCUACAGCCACCUCCCAGGCCCCCAGCCACAUUAUGGACCUGAUGGAGGACACCCUGGAGCCUCAUCUUGCCAGCUCCUCCCCUGCUCUCCCACAGCCACUCCUGAGCUUUGAUGAGGUGCCUGACGCCCCCUACUGCACUGGCACAGAAGACCACCCAUCUAGCCUGGUGAAUGUGGCCGGACCCCACCAGAUGACCCUGAGUUACCAGCAGGCCCUGCAGCAUGUUUCCGGCUCUGACAGCCAGGAUCUGGAUGAAGGACAGCUACUGUUGACCAAUGGAGACACGCUUCUUAAAGAAGGGACCCAGGCAAGUGAAGGCUACUUUAGCCAGUCACAGGAGGAGGACUUUGCCCAGUCAGAUGACUGCACUGCAAAAGUCAACCCAACACCAGUUUUUUAUAACAAACCACCAGAAAUCGACAUUACAUGCUGGGAUACAGACCCUGUGAUGGAAGAUGAUGAAUAGGAGUGACUGAGGGAAAAAGAGGCGACACCUCUAUGUAAAACUUAUUUUACAACAGUUUCAGAAGUCUUGCAUCAAAAUAUUUUAGAUAAAAAAACAACAACAAAAACAAUGUUAGCCACAGAAGAAAAGGACUCAGGUUAUUGUUAAAGAUGCCAGUGGGGAUGACUGCUCUUGGUUCAUGUAUGUGUGUGUUUAUUAUUUAUUUUGAUCUUUUUUUUUCUAUGCAGAGUAUAG